CACGAUCCCGAGGCCGCAGUGCACAAAAGAUUUUGGCUGAUUGAUAUUUUGAAACUCUGCUGAAGGGAGCAACGGAAGUCCAGACUCGGACAGCAACUAUCUGUCCCUCCCAUGUCGUCCUUGUCUACUCGGCGUGCUACUGCACCCUCAAUUGAUAGCCUGCCCCCCGAACUACUCUCAGAAAUAUUUGAAUACUGCUUACUUUUCGACGAGAGCGAUGCCAAACGUGCAAAGGCGCGGCAUUUUCCCGUCUUCAACUCAGUGACCGCUGCUAGCCCGCGCGAUUCCCCGAAGAGCAUAGACGAUGCGAAGACCAUUAGGGCGAUUUCUCGCGCCUCGAAGUAUUUUGCAGGAGCUGCAGAACCGUUCAGGUUUCGCACACUGUUCAUCACGGUCUCGAGCCUGAUCGAGCUUAUGCGAACGAUACGCUCGAAAAUACGCGUCAAGGGCUAUAUUCGCCAUCUGCACGUUAUCGUUAUGGCGAACAGCAUAAAGGUCGAAGAUCACUACAAAACAUCCGGAAUGCUGUCGCUCCUCCUAUCGCUGACGGGCCCUACCCUGCAAACUCUGAGCGUCGUUCUCUUCGAACAAGAUGACGCUCGUCGCCUGGAUUUCUUGCAUUCCAUUCUGAAGACGCCUUUCCUAUCUCUAUCCGUCUUCCUCCUCCGCAUCAACAAAAUCUCGGUCUUACCCGCGACCUAUUAUUCUGAAAUAAACAUGCCCGUUUUACGAGACCUACACAUCUCCUCAUUAGCCAAAACGGACGACCAAUGGCAUGCGAUCGCCAAACUCGCUCGAAGACUCCCCGCUCUCACAUCCAUGGUCUUACUUGGGCCCUUCAACACCAGCGACUACGCAGCGAACGGCGAAAGGUCCACGAUCCGUAUAACCGACGACGCACUCCACGAGAUCAACGAUCACAAGAAAUACCGACAGCUUCGCCUUCCAAGGACCGUUCGUCGCGUUCUCGUCUCGGAACAAUAUGGCGCCUAUCACGAGAAGGAUACACAAGGCCCUUUCAUUCCGAGUCCAGAUUUCCUCAGCUCGAUUUCUCCUGUCAAGUAUCGGAAGGGUCUUUUGAUUGCUUACGAUGCGAUGAGAGGUUUAGAUGAGGGAACGUGGAAGGUCUAUAGACGCACGAGAGGGAUGUCUGUUCCGAGUGGAUCGUCCAUUGUUGGGAGAUAUGACGUGGAGUAUUUUCCGUUGAUGUUGUACGGGCUGGCGACGCUGACUGGAUGGGAACCUAACUCGGAGGAUGAUGCUGACUCUGGAGAUGACAGCUCAGAAAUUGCGAGCCUGUCCGGUGAAGAUUCAGAUGUUGAAGAGGAGGAGCAGGAGCAGGAGGAAGAUGAGGAGAGUGGAAGUGGAGAAGGCGCAGAGUACGAUCUGUUUGGGUUUUGAGAAUUGUGACGGUCAUGAUCU